AUGUUUGUCGUGGGGAAUCUCUACGUUAUCACGGCGGUGUCCGUCAUUGGCGGUGCACUGUUCGGUUUCGAUAUCUCGUCGAUGUCGGCCAUUAUCGGCACGCCAGCUUAUAAGUGUUAUUUCAAUCAUGGGCCCCUAGGCCCUCCAUUCAACGACGACGACAAAUGUAGUGGUCUCAGCUCCCUGGCUCAGGGUGGUGUUACCGCUGCCAUGCCCGGUGGUUCUUGGCUCGGUGCUCUUAUCUCUGGUUUCAUUUCGGAUCGUCUUGGUCGCAAGUACGCUAUUAUGAUUGGUUGUGUUAUUUGGGUUAUCGGCUCCGUUAUUGUCUGCGCUUCCCAGAACAUGGGCAUGCUCAUUGCCGGACGUGUCAUCAACGGUCUCAGUGUCGGAAUUGAAUCUGCUCAGGUCCCUGUCUAUAUCUCGGAGCUUUCUCCUCCCUCCAAGCGUGGUCGUCUCGUCGGCUCCCAGCAGUGGGCCAUCACCUGGGGUAUUCUGAUCAUGUACUAUAUCUCCUUCGGCUGUUCCUACAUCGGACAUGGCAACCAGUCCACCUCCCACAACUACAGCGAGGCUGUCUUCCGUAUCCCCUGGGGCGUGCAGGCAGUUCCCGCCGUUCUCCUCUUUUUCGGAAUGAUGAUCCUCCCCGAGUCCCCCCGUUGGUUGGCCCGCAAGGACCGCUGGGAAGAGUGCCAGUCGGUGCUUGGCCUAGUCCACGGUAAGGGCGACAUUAACAGCCCCUUCGUGAUCGCCGAGAUGCAAGAGAUCCGUGACAUUUGCGAGUUCGAGCGCGAGAACAAGGACGUCAGCUACCUCGAGCUGUUCCAGCCCAAGAUGAUCCACCGCACCAUGACCGGAGUCUGGACGCAAAUCUGGUCCCAACUGACCGGUAUGAACGUUAUGAUGUACUACAUCACCUACGUCUUCACGAUGGCCGGAUACAAGGGCGAUGCCACCCUCCUCGCUUCCUCCAUCCAGUACAUCAUCAACGUGGUCAUGACCGUUCCCGCCCUGAUCUGGGUUGACCGCUGGGGCCGUCGUCCUACCCUUCUGAUCGGCGCUACCUUCAUGAUGAUCUGGAUGUUCGCCAACGCCGGUAUCAUGGCCAAGUACGGCGUGGUUGUGCCCGGCGGUAUCGACGGUGUGGCCGAGGCAUCAAUGCUUCUCGGUGGCGCCCCUGCCAAGGGACUGAUUGCAUGCACAUACCUGUUUGUGGCAUCGUACGCCCCGACCUGGGGACCCGUGUCGUGGGUGUACCCUCCUGAGCUGUACCCUCUGCGCGUGCGUGGUAAGGCCGUUGCUUUGGCAACCUCGUUCAACUGGGCGUUCAACACGGCGCUUGGUCUGUUUGUGCCCACUGCUUUUGCCACGAUCCGCUGGCAGACGUACAUCAUCUUCGGUGUUUUCUUGUGCGCCAUGAUCAUUCACGUCUUCUUCUUGUUCCCCGAGACUUCCGGUAAGUCUCUGGAGGAAAUUGAGCAGAUCUUCGAGGAUCCCAACGGUAUCCCUUACAUCGGUACCCCGGCCUGGAAGACUACUCAUGAUACCAAGCGCACUAUCGCUGCCGAGUCGGGUGAUGUCGAGGUCCUCGGUGAGAAGCUGGCGGGUGCUGAGAAGCGUUCUGCUGCCCACGCUGAGGUUGUCGACGCAUAG